UGGAGUUCAGGGAAGUACUAAAAGGAAGUGGUGUGCUGGGGCCACUAUGAACAACAAACCUGCAUGUGUAGCCACUGAAACUCCCUGUUUCACAACAUAUAGAGACCGACAAUGGGAGAGUUUGUGUUCUCAGUUGGAAUCUUCAGUUAAAUUCUGCGGUGUCUCAUGAUUUAUAAAUUCAGACACAGUGGGGAUUGAGAUUUAAUUUAGAACAACAUGGCUGUAAAGUGUUCCAUGUUAUUUGAAGCACUUCCUGUAUGUGUUUCAUGUUUUCACAUAACUCCUGUAGCAGGUGUAUUUUUAGUAGCUGCUUUAUCGGACUGGCUACUGUCACAGGAAAUGUUUGAAUUGGGAAACAGAUGGCAAUUGUGAUACUGAAGUAAAUGAUUAAGGCAUGUGCUGUUUCUGUUCAUCUUUCCCUCGGCAUCAAUUUAUCUAUUAAUAAUUUAAACUUUGUGUUUACUACGGCUGUAGUAACAUUUGUGUGCACGUAGAAACUUGAGUCAAUGUUUCUGGAAGUUCGGUUCGUGAGUUCGGGCAAAUGCAGAUGGGCAGACGAUGGCUGAUCUGACGAGUGGGCAGAUGUGAAAGGUCCUCCAACACACAGACUGUCUUGUGGCCAGUCCCCAUAUGCAGAAACAGCCUGGGAUCAGAAAUAUUGUAUGCUAACUGACAGCCAGAUGAUCCUUCUGAACAGGGAAGAAGAGGUAAACGUCGAUAUGCUACAAGAUCAACAGGUGGAGUUCUCAAAAGGACGAAUGCUGCGGCGGACAGUUAGCGUUCCAUCCGAGGGACAGUUCCCAGACUAUCAACAGGAUGGCAACACUAAACUGGAGCCACCUGGAGACCGCUCCCCACGUCGUAGGAGUAUAUCAGGGCCAGGAUCAUCUGAGAAAGCAAAUGGGAUGGAGGACUCCACAUCCCCAUUCAAGGGAUUUUUCAGUAAAAGAUUAAAGGGGUCUAUCAAACGAACCAAGAGCCAGCCAAAACUUGACCGCAACACCAGCUUCCGUCAGAUACUACCAUCACUGAGGAACUCUGAUAGUGACCGGUCUCGUGCUUUACCAAAAUUGAAAGAAUCUCAUUCGCAUGAAUCCCUGCUGAGCCCUAGCAGUGCAAUCGAGACAUUGGAAUUAAGCAUGGAGCAGGAUGUCUUUAUUAAACCUUUGCACAGUAGUAUCCUGGGGCAAGACUUCUGCUUUGAGGUGUCAUACACAGGAGGAAGUAAGUGCUUUAGCUGCUCAUCUGUGGCAGAGAGAGAUAAGUGGAUGGAGAACCUUCGGAGAACUGUGCAACCAAACAAGGACAACUGUCGCCGUGCAGAAAAUGUACUCCGGCUCUGGAUUAUUGAAGCAAAAGAUUUAGCCCCUAAAAAGAGGUACUUCUGUGAACUGUGCCUGGAUGACACACUUUAUGCACGAACUACCAGUAAAAUGAAAGCAGAUAACCUUUUUUGGGGUGAGCACUUUGAAUUUUACACUUUGCCAAUGGUCAGGAAUAUUACUGUGCAUAUUUACAAGGAUAUGGACAAGAAGAAAAAGAAAGAUAAGAAUAAUUAUGUGGGAUUAAUCAAUAUUCCAAUCACUAGUGUCACUGGACGACAGUUCAUAGAGAAAUGGUACCCUGUCAGCACACCAAACUCAAACAAGGGCAAAGGAGGAAGCCCUUGUAUCCGCAUUAAAUGCCGCUAUCAGACAAUUGCCAUUCUGCCUAUGGAACUAUAUAAGGAGUUUGCAGAGUUUGUCACCAAUAACUAUACCAUGUUGUGCUCUGUUCUGGAGCCAGUUAUCAGUGUGAAGAACAAAGAAGAGAUGGCCUGUGCACUUGUUCAUAUCCUGCAAAGUACUGGUCGUGCAAAGGAUUUCCUGACGGACCUGGUGAUGUCUGAGGUGGAUCGAUGUGGGGAGCAUGAUGUUCUCCUCUUCAGGGAAAAUACCUUAGCAACAAAAGCCAUAGAAGAAUAUUUGAAGCUUGUUGGCCAGAAGUACCUCCAUGAUGCCUUAGGAGAGUUCAUAAAGGCACUUUAUGAAUCAGAUGAAAAUUGUGAGGUGGACCCAAGUAAGUGUUCGUCGAGUGAACUGCCAGAACAUCAGAGUAACCUCAAAAUGUGUUGUGAAUUGGCUUUCUGCAAGAUUAUCAACUCUUACUGUGUGUUUCCACGGGAACUUAAAGAAGUCUUUGCCUCGUGGAAGCAGCAAUGUUUAAUCCGUGGGAAGCACGAAACCAGCGAGCGCCUAAUCAGUGCCUCACUCUUCCUACGUUUCCUCUGUCCUGCAAUCAUGUCACCCAGCCUCUUUGGCCUGAUGCAGGAGUAUCCAGAUGAUCGAACUUCUCGCACCCUCACCCUCAUUGCCAAAGUCAUCCAGAAUCUUGCCAAUUUUACCAAGUUUGGGAACAAAGAAGAAUACAUGGCGUUUAUGAAUGAUUUUUUGGAACAUGAAUGGAGUGGGAUGAAACGUUUUCUGGUGGAAAUCUCAAACCUAGACACAAUAUCUAACACGCCAGGCUUUGAAGGAUAUAUUGACCUUGGUCGUGAGCUCUCUGUCCUGCACUCAUUGCUCUGGGAAGUGGUGUCACAACUUGAUAAGGGUGAAAAUUCAUUUCUACAGGCAACAGUAGCGAAGCUCGGUCCUCUCCCACGCAUACUCAGCGAUAUCACCAAAUCACUAGCUAGCCCCACACCAAUUCAGCAGCAGGUGCGGCGAUUUGGGGAGAACCUCAGCUCAUCCCCAAAUGUGAGUGGCAGUGUAUCAUCUGGGCUGCAGCGGAUAUUCGAGGAUCCAGCUGACAGUGAUGUGCAGCAAUUGCAAUCUCCAACUCAAGAAAACGUUGAAGUGUUUUUACAGAGCAAGCAGCACUUUCCAGGUCAGCCAGCCUCCACACACAGUAUGACGUACUCUGACAGGGAUGAAGAAGAGUCCGCUCUACAUAACGGCAGGAGUGUAUCACUCGUGGAUCUGCAGAGCACAGCUGUAACUCAAGGGACAAAUAGUGUUCCUGUUGUUUCCAGUGUACAGGUCCGGCAACUUGGCAGCCAGGCUUCAAUUACACAUACAGCAAACAUCAAGCAGCUGCGAGAGUUGCAGAGUGGGGCACAGAGUGCUCCUCAAAUCCGUAGGCCUUUGCAUCCAGCUCUGAACCAACAGAGCAGCCUUCAACCUCUGUCUUUCCAAAACCCUGUUUACCAACUGAACAACCCUCCAGCAGGAAGCAGUAAAACUGGCAUGGACUCCAGUUCUGAAAACCUGAGUUCCACAAGCUCCCGGAGCCAUACCAACAGCGAGGAGCUGAUCAGCAAACUGAGUGGCCCCAGUAAUAGCAGCAUUGAGGAUUUUGCCAAACGCAGCGCAUACAGUGAAGACUACUCCAAACGACACACCAUGCCAGACAGGAACAAUCUUCCCGUAGCAUUGCCACGGCAGAACAGCAUUGGGCAUUCACAGCUCCGCAGGACAGAUUUGUCAGGUUCCAGCAGUCGAGCAAAAGCAUCACAUUUGUUACCUCUUAGUUUGUCACAGAGAAGCACUGGGAGCAUAACAGGAUUAGCAUCUACAUCACCCGAGCCACCACACAAUGAAAACCGCUCACGACAACCAUCAACUUCUUCAAAAGGAGAAAGUCCGGUGCCCAAAGUCCGGGCAGUACAUAGGCAGCAGCAGGCACACCAGGUUCAGUCACCGGUUGAGACUGCCACAAUGUCACCAGUGGAAAGGACCGCUGCCUGGGUUCUAAAUAAUGGACAGUACUUAGAGGAUGACGAGACAGACCAAACUCAGGAGGAGAGCAAACACGCAGAAAAGUAUGAGCAGGAGAUCACGAAGCUGAAGGAUCGGUUGAAGGUGUCGAGUCGCAGGCUCGAGGAGUAUGAGCGGCGCCUGCUUGCCCAGGAGCAACAGAUGCAGAAGCUCUUGCUUGAGUACAAGUCUAGGUUGGAGGACAGUGAGGAGAGACUGCGUCGGCAGCAGGAAGAGAAGGACAGCCAGAUGAAAACAAUCAUCAGCAGACUCAUGGCAGUGGAAGAAGAACUGAGGAAAGAUCACUCAGAAAUGCAGGCGGUAAUUGAUGCCAAACAGAAGAUUAUUGAAGCCCAAGAGAAACGAAUCGUCACCCUGGAUUCUGCCAACUCUCGGCUGAUGAAUGCUCUAACACAGGUCAAGGAACGUUACAGCAUGCAAACUCGCAAUGGGAUCUCUCCCACCAACCCCACCAAGCUGUCAAUAACAGAGAACGGGGAGUUCAAGAACAGCAGCUGUUGAGGGAGAAUCUAGAUGUUUCUCGGCAGACUCACAUGGAUUUAGCUUUCUGAAUUCACUCCUGAUUUAUUCACAGGUGCUGCUAAGACUGUUUUAUAAUGCUUUGGAUUGUAAAAGAUUAUUCAUGGGGACAAUGCCUAAUAUCAUCAUGUGCAGUCUGCGGAAGUCUUACUCCACUGUGGAAACUGUAUGAAACCUGUACAGAAAUGAAAUGUAAGACUGUAUUGGGGUAAAUAAUUUUAGAAUUUAAAGUAACUUUUUUUCUAAUUAUUUCUGUCAGACUUCCUACUCUGCAAGAAGUUCCAAAGAAACAGUAGAGAAUGGAACAAUUAUUUCACAAGCAGUGGAAUUUUCAAGUGUUGUGUAUUUUCAAGUUUAAAUAUUCUGGCUUAGAGGGUGUACAUAUCUAACUAAGAAGCACAUAGAAAGAAUUUAGUCUGUUUAAAAAAAGAGAGAGAUUACAGUAUGUGAAGUGUCUGCUUCUUUAAUUAACACACUACAUUGGUUACUUGCAGGGUAAAAUACCCCAUGUUAAAUAUGUUAAAACUAAGAUAUUUUACGAGUUUUUUGGCAGGAAAAUCUGUCAUGAACAAAGACAAGUUGUAUAUCACAAUACCUUAGAAAUAAUUCUGUUUUUGAAAUCAAACUUUAUCACAUUGAAAAGUGUUCAAGAAUGCAACCAUAGGAAGAAAUAUUUCAAAAUUACUUCUUUUAGAAAACUGUAUAAAGUAAAAUGCUGCCGUGUGUGUGUGUGUGUGUGUGUGUGAGGAGAGAGAGAGAGAUACAUGAUGAUGAUAAUGACCAUUUUCUGUGGUUCUACAAAACAAAGUGAUUUGGGGAAUGAUGGUUCUGCCAUAAUGGAUAAAGGGAACGGUAAUAAUGCAGAGCAUGAUUUGCAAGCACGCUUUACUUUCUAAAGUCAAUUCAUUUUCCAAAUGAAUCUCCUUAGUUUUUUUAACUCAAUGCAUCUAACUUUAUUAGAAUAAUGUUUUGCCAAAUUUGUAUCUAACUAACCAAUUUGAAUGUCUCGUGGAGCUGUUCUGCAAGAAUGUUGAAGCUAGAAAGUUUUCCCUUCCCUCCAAUCAACUGCUGGUAGAUUUCUGGCAGUUACUGCUGCUGUUUUUGUUUAUUGAAGAUGUGAAGAGUGUGAGUUUAAUCUUAAAUUGUUGGCUCACUUUUGAUGAGAACUGUUGCAAUGAGACAAAGAAAAUAAAAUACUGUUCAAUUUUUUUUUCUUUUAAUAUCUGUAGCUUUUCUGCAUACAAUCUUGCAUGCUGAUUUGAAAGGAAACAGCAUUAAAAGAUAUGGCAGGGCAUCUUUUUAUCAGGAAAAUUAAACAAAAGCUGGAUGAGAUCCAAAACACUGAUCAGAUUAUCUUUAACUCAACUUUGAUUCUGUCACAGCCAGUCAGUACAAGUAUCUCCUGCAACUGUUCUGCGGGUAAUGUUUAAGAUGAAAUGUUGCACUUGACUACUGGUAGACUUCUUGUAGUUCCUGGGGCUUAUUUUAAAGAGUCUAAAAGUACUUGAACUUUGUAGUCACUUAUUAAAAUUGGAUCUCCCUCCCUCCCUUAUGAUGGUAAAAGACUCUAGGGAAAAAGAGGGUCCAAGCAUAACUGAUCAAGAAGUUAAUGAUGGUGUUAGGGUAAAAAGAAGUCUUUUGUUGUGAAGAAUUAGGGGAACUUUAGAGACAAAAUAUGGCCAAAAAAUUGAUAAAAAGAGAAAAAGGCUGAGAGUCAAUUACCAAGCAAUGGACUGUGAGAGCUUUAAAUAUGUCAAGAAGAAAGGAAUAACAGAAGUAAAUGUUGGUUCCACUGAAGAUAAGACAGGGAAAUUAUUGAAAUGCAAACAGUUUGCAUCUGUCUUCACAACUGGAAGAAAUUAAAAAUAGCAGGAACAAGGGAGGCAAGAACUUGGGAUUAUUACUAUAACAAUAUAUACUCAGUAAAUAGAUGAGAAUAAGUACUUCCGUAUCUCCUGAAAAGAUGAUAAUGGAUUGGAAACAAAAUGUGGCAAGGGAGAGAAGCUUGAGAGCAACAGGCCAAGACAGCUAAAUAUCUUUUUUAGAAAAUGCUCAAUUUCCUUAUGAAAGGUAGAUCACGUGAUACAUUUGGGAAUUCUGUAAGUAUUUGGAUUUUCAGAAUGUGUUUGACAAGGUGCCACACAACCAGUUGGUACACAAGAUAAACUGCUGAUGGUGUUAAGGGAGGUGGAUCAGGAUGGACUGAAGAAUGAUUAUUGUAUAGAAAAUAGAGAGGUGGAAUAAACAGGUCUUUUUCAUCCAGAAAUUUGUAACUCGUGGAAUAUCUCAAGGAUCAGUUCUUGGUCCUCAGUGAUAUAUGAUUUAUUUCAGAGACCUGGAUGGAAGAGAUAGCAGAGUGCAAAGUGUCCAAGUUUGCUGGACGUGGAUGGAGGGCAUGUUUUAUACUCUGCAACUGGACGUACUGUAGGUAGGUUAAGUGAGUGAUCAGUAUUGUAGCAAAUGGAGUUUAACAUAGGAAAAUGUGAGAUCAUGCAUUGUGUUAAGAGAUAUCAAAAGGUAAAGUAUUACAUACAUAGAUUUCUACCAGUGGAAGAAUGUCAAGUGAAGAGACAGUUACAAGAUUAGAGGCUGGUCAUUUCAAACUGAGGUGUAUUGGAACUUCUACUCAUAGGUGGGAAAUCGCCUGAAUUCUCUACCCUGGAGGGUUUUGGAAGCUGGAUCACUGAAGGUACUUGAAGAGGAGAUAGGUAUGCUUUUGAAAGAUUGGUGAAUUGAGGACUGAACUAGCACAGAAGACAAGAUGAAGCCAUGAUCAUGUAGAGUGGCGGGAGGACUUUGAGGACCUACUCCUGACCAUCCAUAUAAAAUGGUAGGGACAUACACCUGCCCUGUUGCCUUAUGCACAGAGUUAAUAUGCAGGUGAAGCAAAUAAUUUGGCAUGUUGACUUUUAUUGAAAGAAGAAUGGAGUAUGAAUGAAUACUCUUACAUCUGCAGGGCUUUGUUGAGACUACAUGUAAAGUGCUGGAGUCUUGGUCUCCUUAUUUAAGAAUAUAUUUGCUUAAGGAGCAGUGCAGAAAAGGAUCACUACAUUAAUUACUGGGAUGAAGAAUUCAUCUUAAUAGGAUUAAUUAAACCAUCUGCAUUGGAUUUAGUGGAUUAAGAGGUGAUUUUAUUGAUUCUGAUGAGGAUGUUGGCAGUGGUUGCUGUGUGGCUGCUUCUCCCCUCUCCCUCCCACCCCAUAUGGGAGAAUGCAGAACUCAUGGGCAUAACUUCAGGAUAUACAUACUCAAGACUGAGAUGAGAGGGAUUUUCUUUUCUCUCUGAUGGAUAUAGAUUCUUGAAAUGCUCUUCCCCAGAGAACUCUGGAUGCUGAGUCAUCUGCUGUAUUGAAGGAUCAGGGGGAGUUUUGGAUAGCAUCAAAUCAAGCAUUGUUUGGAUUAUGGAGAGGAAAGUGAAGUUCACGUGAAGAGAUCAAUUAUGUUUUUGUUUGGGAGAGUAGAUUUGAGGGACAAUAUAGUAUAUUCUUGUUCCAUUUCUUAUUUAUCAACUACCAGCUGAUGCAGGGUUUCAACCUGAAAUGUUAGUAAUUUAUCCCCCCACCCCACCACUAACACCACUUCUCAACUUCUGGACCCACUGAGUUCUUCCAGGAGACUGUUAGUUGCUAGUUGACUCAAAUCCGUCAUUUGUAAUAGCUCAGGAAACCAAUUCGUUUAGAUGCAUUUAAGGAUGGGUAAAAAAUGCUGGCUUGGUAACAUGAAUGAAUUGAAAAAAUGGAUGCAAGCAAUCAGAGAUGUUAAAGAGAUAUCCCAAAGGAACACCUAAUUGAAGGCCCAUCACAGGAGCUACCUGGCCUCGACUAGCACAGAAGGUAACUUGCAUAAACUGCAUAUGUGGUUAACCACUUGACAAAUGUAAAAUGAAAGAAUUACUCAACCAUGAGUGUGCUUUGAACCUGGCAACUGUUGAACAGGAGAUACCAGCAUCGUCCACCUCACAACAGUCCAUGUCAAAUUGAUUGCGAGUCUCAAUGUUCAGUUUAGAACAUUUGGUCAGUUGCUUUGCAUAUGCCAUUUGAUUAAAGGUCUGCUUUGAGAUGAUAUGAUUCUGCUGCUCAGCUGAAGCAGUAUUUAAAUCAACUGUAUCACAGAACAACUUGAGAAUUAUUGUUCAUUUUUUGUCUCUUGAGGAAUUCUUGAAUGGCAGGAGCUGAUGAAAUUUUUGGCUAUUGUUCGGAAAACACAUUAAAUUUGUUUGUUUUGUAACAUGACAUGAAGGUUCAAAGACAUUCUCAAAUGAUUUUGUAUCAGUGGAAAUUGCAUUGUAUUGCAAUCUGCGUCUUUAACGCUCUAACAGAAAAGCACUAUUGUUUAUGUAGUCAGAGUAAAACACUGAAAUAAAGCCUUCAAUGCUGGUAAUGCAAUAUUACCUAUAUUUGUAAAAUGUGGCUUAAGUGUUUGCUGUCUGAUCUUAUGUUUGUUACCCUAUUUUUAAUAAUAAGCUUUUUUUCAGAAAGAGAAGGAUGACAAAACGGUUCACAUCCUGUUCAGUAAGUGCAUUCAAACAAUGCUACUAAGAUCAGCACACCACAUAAACCUCAGAUUGUAGGAGGUGAAAGACCUUUUGUUUUCAGGAUGACAUGGCUAUUUUCUGAGUCACCAGAGUGAAAUUACUUUUGUCUCCAUUUUUGUUGCAUUGCAGAGCAAUAGAAUAGUCAGAUUUUGUUGAAAGGAGCAGAUUGGUAACAACAGGGAGCUCUGCUUGUUGGCUUUCUCUGAACUGAAUUGAAGACCAAAGCAACAAAAUGAAUUUUAAUCUAAAUGCUAGAUUAUUGAGGUUAUUGGGUUUUUGUAAAAAUAAAUCUGUAUUUCCAAACAAAAUAGAAAUGAAUGUUCCUCACCUUAUUCUGCAAAAAUAUAAUUACAAGCCUCUUGAUGAAAGAAAAAUAAUGUAGGAAGGAUAUUUCAAUAAAAGAUAAAUCAACUCAUUUUCAGAAACAUUCUUGAGAAUUUUUGUGAAAUCUGAUCAAACACAAUAGUGAAAUCCGAAACUGUGCCAUGUACAUGUAGAAUGUAAAAAGAGAAACUGCUGGAAAUACUCGAUAGGUUAGACUGCAUCUGAGAGAAGAAAAAUGGAGCUAAUGUUUUUUCAGCAUUUGCUGUAUUUUUAAAAUCUAAGAAUGAAACAAGUUUCUGUGGGGAGAAAUUAAGGAUCUUGAGGCUGCAUAAAAUUAGCACAAAGUAAAUUUCUGAUUAUGGUUAUUGAAUCAUAUACAAAUCAAUAUUCACCAAUCUUCAAAACCUGGGCCUCUGUACCUCCCUCUGCAACUGGAUCCUCAACUUCUUUUUCAGGAGACCACAAUCAGUGUGGAUUGGUAAUAAUAUCUUCUCCUCACUGACUAUCAACACAAGAAUGGGUGCUUAACCCACUCUCCCUACACUCGUGACUGUAUGGCU